GCCCAAGAGACCAAACUGGGGUAAUACGUGGCCCGGUUCCCCGUUCAGCUUCUCUGCGGAAUCAAAGCAAGCUUUUUCCUUCUCUCUGAUUUUGGGAAGUGGGUUUUGGGAGAAAAUGGUGUUGGUAUUGGCGUUGGGGGAUUUACACAUACCCCACAGAGCUCCUGAUCUUCCUGCCAAGUUUAAGUCCAUGCUUGUCCCUGGCAAGAUCCAACACAUCAUUUGCACUGGCAAUCUUUGUAUCAAAGAGGUACAUGACUACCUGAAGACUCUUUGUCCAGAUUUGCAUAUCGCUCGAGGUGAGUAUGACGAAGAGACAAGAUAUCCUGAGACCAAAACGCUUACUAUUGGUCAAUUUAAGCUCGGAUUAUGCCAUGGUCAUCAGGUUAUUCCAUGGGGGGACCUAGACUCUCUAGCAAUGCUUCAGAGGCAAUUGGAUGUAGACAUCCUUGUAACAGGUCACACUCAUCAGUUCACAGCCUACAAACACGAGGCCGGAGUCGUUAUAAACCCAGGGUCUGCAACCGGUGCUUACAGCAGCAUUACCUAUGAUGUUAACCCGAGCUUUGUCCUCAUGGAUAUUGAUGGCCUGCGCGUUGUGGUCUACGUUUAUGAACUCAUCGACGGGGAGGUUAAGGUUGACAAGAUUGAUUUCAAGAAGACAACCACCACGACUCACUCUGCUCAUUGAACACAGAUCUUAUUGUUUGCUCGUUUUGUCACAAGACUUGUGUAGGGAUUUCUCCGUAUAUUCUGUUUCUGAUGUGUCCGAUCCAUUGUCUUUGUAUUUGGGUUAGAGUUGGUGCUUUUCAUUCUAUAGUGACGGCCACAAUAACAUUUUUGUACUGACUAUGUUUUUUUUUUUUUCCUUUUUUCCUAAAAAAUAAUCAAGUUGUGGUA